AUGGUCAAGUCAGAUGUCAACCCGCAAAUAGCCAUUGAAGAUUUUGCACAGGGAGAAACAGGCAGUGAAUCAGACAGUCACAAUCACAUAGAGAUCGUCUUCAGUCCCGACACUGAACACCGUCGCAAAUCAUCCCUCGUCGCAACCGAUGAUCCAAGGAAGUACCGCCAUGGAUCGGACUCCCAUGACAAAAACACGGCUUGUUUUGUGCACUCCCUGCUCAACGGGGACUGGGCUGUCCCGUACGAAUACCAAGAAGAUGACAAAGCGGUGACCGACGAAAGGAUUGGCAGGAAACCAAUCGAGAUAGAACCGGAGAACCAGGACAACGAAUCGCGGGAGUAUGACCGGGUUGCCGUCGUCGAUUAUGCGAGCCGUCUACCAGACCAGAGCGCGCCUGCCGUGGUGCAUUCGCGACACUUGACAAAGGGGCAAUUGUCGGAUAUGGCAUGGAAUGUGCGCAAAUUAUCCAAACGGUUGGGGAGUGUGAAGCUCAAACUCAAAGUUAAGACGGUAUUUGUGGUGACAAAGGCGCAUGAUGAAUCGUUGAUCAAGUUAACGAGGGAUCUCACGAAGUGGCUAUUAUCGAAGGACAGAGAUACGCUAUAUACUGUCUACGUCCAGGACUCGUUCCAGAAUCACCCAAACUUUGAUGGCCCGCACCUGGUUGAUGAAGUCGAUGAGCCUUCAGCGCGUGAUCGUUUGAGGUACUGGAACGUCCACAUUGCGGCAGAUCAUCCGCAAACAUUCGAUUUCGUGAUUACCCUUGGAGGAGAUGGUACAGUUUUAUACACGAGCUGGUUGUUUCAGAAGAUUGUACCGCCUGUGUUAUCGUUUUCUCUUGGAUCACUUGGAUUUUUGACAAAGUUCGAUUUUUCGAAUUAUCAAGAUACUAUCACAAAGUCUUUUCGAGAUGGGGUUGCUAUUAGCCUGAGAUUGAGGUUUGAGUGUACAGUGAUGCGGAGCAAUCCUCGACGAGAACCGGCUCUUGAUGAACAGGGAUAUGUCAUCAAGAAAGACCUUGUUGAUGAAUUGGUUGGUGAAGAGGUCGGAGAUACAUUGACACAUGUACCGGACAGGGUAUUUCAGAUUUUGAAUGAUAUUGUGGUUGACAGGGGGCCAAACCCAACAAUGUCGACAAUUGAAUUAUUUGGAGACGACGAACACUUCACAACCGUUUUGGCAGACGGAGUGUGUAUAUCUACGCCUACAGGGUCAACUGCCUACAAUCUUGCAGCUGGCGGAGCUCUUUCUCACCCAGAGAACCCUGUAAUCUUGGUUACAGCAAUCUGUGCACAUACACUAUCAUUCCGACCCAUCAUCCUACCGGAUACCAUCGUCUUGAGAAUGGGCGUGCCAUACGACGCUCGCGCAUCCUCGUGGGCCAGUUUCGAUGGCCGAGAGAGGAUUGAGUUACAUCCCGGUGACUACGUAACGGUGUCGGCCUCCCGUUACCCAUUUGCGAAUGUGAUGCCUCCUGGACGGCGCAGCGAGGAUUGGGUGCAGGGUAUAUCGAAGACGUUGAAUUGGAAUUCAAGACAGCGUCAAAAAGCGUUCACUAAAUAG